CCCGCCUCGCCCCGCCUCCAUUGGCCGUCCCUCGGCGGCGCCGGUUGCCGAUUGGGGCGCGGCGGCCGCCAGUCACGGUGCGGCGCGGCUGGCAUGCGGGCUGCGCGCCCUGUGCCGCGCGGAUCUGACCUACUAACACACAUCCCUCCGCGCCGCCGCAGCUGUUGCACGCUCUCGUUCGCCUCGCGUACGGGCAAGCGGGGCGACGCUGCCUGCGGCACAGCACGGCACAGCACGGCACAGCACAGCACUCCACUGCACUCCACUGCACUCCAAUCUCGCCUCGCCUCGCCGGAUGCUUGGUGCCCUGCCGAGCACUCAAGGUUUUUUUUUUUUUUAGAAGAUUCCCAUUGGCUCUACCAAAAAAUUGGAUCUAGGCAUUUCUGUUUGAGACUAUGAAACAAACGGAAGAAUGUGUGUAGAUUUAAAACUAUUGUAUUUAUCAAGUUGUGGAGUGAGAAUUACUGGAGAAAUAGCUUGCUCUGUUGUUCACUGUAGAUCUACUACAAAUUGUUUCUGAUGCAGCUGAGAAAAAUGCAGACCCUUAAAAAGGAACACGGACCUGUUGACACAAGUAGCAAUGUGGACAAAAUCAUGGUACUUAAAUCUACUUUAGCAGAAGUGUCUGAAGAGUUGUCUACAAAUGAAGAUAUAUUACUUACUGAAUCAAGUAGUGGAAAAAGCAAAUCUUCAGCUUGCCGAAGAAAGCGAGAAUUCAUUCCAGAUGAAAAGAAAGAUGCUAUGUACUGGGAGAAAAGGAGGAAAAAUAAUGAAGCUGCCAAAAGAUCUCGUGAAAAACGACGACUGAAUGAUCUUGUCUUAGAGAACAAACUAAUUGCACUGGGAGAAGAGAAUGCCACUUUGAAGGCAGAGCUGCUUUCAUUGAAGCUGAAGUUUGGUUUAAUUAGCUCUGCAGCCUAUGCCCAAGAGAUACAGAAACUCAGUAGCUCAACAACUGUGUAUUUCCAAGACUACCAAAGUUCCAAACCAAAUAUUAAUGCAUUUGUGGAUGAACAUGAACCAUCUAUAGUUGGUAGCAGUUGUAUUUCUGUCAUUAAGCAUUCUCCUCAAAGCUCUAUGUCUGAUAUGUCUGAAAUGUCAUCAGUAGAGCAUACUCAAGCAAGUCAUAUACAAAGCAGCUGCAGAAGUCCUGAAAAUAAGUUCCAGAUUAUAAAACAGGAGCCCAUGGAGUUAGAGAGAGAGCCAAGAGAUGACAGAGGUUCAUAUAAAGCAUCCAUAUAUCCAAACUACAUGGGAACUACCUUCAACAUGUACUCGCAUUCUCCUCCUCUCUUGCAAGUUAAUAGAUCCUCCAGUAAUUCCCCUAGAACUUCAGAAACUGAUGAUGGAGUUGUUGGAAAGUCAUCUGAUGGAGAAGAUGAGCAGCAGGUUCCUAAGGGUCCAAUCCAUUCUCCAGUUGAACCUAAAAAUGUUCAUGCAACAGUUAAAGUUCCGGAAGUGAAUUCUUCUGCUUUGCCUCACAAGCUUCGCAUUAAAGCCAAAGCCAUGCAAGUUAAAGUGGAAGCAAUGGAUAAUGACUAUGAUACCACACAGAAAUUGUCAUCGCCUAUUGAUAUGUCCUCAAAAAGACAUUUUGAGCUUGAAAAACAUGGUGCACAGAACUUGGUGCAUUCUUCUAACACUCCUUUCUCAGUUCAAGUGACAAACAUCCAAGACUGGUCACUCAAACCAGAACUCUGGCAUCAAAAAGAACUCAAUGUAAAAAUUCAGAAUGGUUGCAAAACUGGAGUUGUUGAAAUAAAAGACAAUAUCUACAGUGUCACUCAGUCUGAGAACCUGUAUUUGAAGCAGGGCAUAGCAAACUUAUCUGCAGAAGUUGCUUCACUUAAAAGACUUAUAACUACACAGCAAAUCUCUGCAUCAGACUCUGGUUAAGUUACUACUGAGUAAAGGCUUAUUGUUUAAAAAGAUGUCAUUUGCAGUAGAUAAAUAUGUUUUGUAUUAUACUGAAUUUUCACUGGACUUGUGAUGUCAUUUCACUGUAAUGUUCACAUAACAUCUGAUUGGUGUCUUUUUGUGCACAAAUUAUUAUGAAGACUAGGUUGUGUUAUGAUCACUAUGCCUUGUGUAUAGUCAAGUAGCCUGUACAAAGGCUGUAUAUAGUGAACUUUUAUUUUCUUUUUGUUGUUAUACUAUAAGGUGUGUAAGUUACCAGUUACAAUAAAAUAUUGGUGACAAACACAGGACAUCUACUCCAGUUGAUUUUAAGAACUUGUAAAUAAGUUGUUAAUUCAAAAAACUGGCUUUUUCUUACACUGUGCUGAACUUCACUUAUAUGUUUGGUUUUUACAGCUUAACUUAACCAAAUUACAGUUUACAACAUAUGUAAGCCUUCUGGCCACUUUUUUUCCAUACAUUUUUUUUAGAGGAGAAUAGAAAUAAAGUGGAUAUUUAUAAAUGGAACAGUAACAGUUUAUAGCCUUAGUCGUCUUUAAAUUAUUUGUUAGUGUAAGUUAACCAAAAAUCACAUGAAAUCUAACCCAUUAAUUCUAAUAGCAACAACUCUUUUUCCCCCUCCUGUCUCAAAUGAGAAUAUCCUGAAUGGUUCAUUGUGACAAACCAUUUUUUUCAAUAUUAUAAUGACAUUUUAGAUGGAAUUAGCUAUAUUGGAUUUGUGCAUCUUCUAAGUUCUUCAGAGCCUUGCACUGAUAUAAUUGGAUACCACCAUAUUUGUCAGAGGGUGGUUUGUGUGUGCAAGAAGCGCAGGCAUGGGAAGAAAGAAUGCACAGAUGCUUUUACACAGCUUUGUCCCUCUUGCCUUCCAUGGUUCUUUUUACAACAGAGCAUGGGCCACAUUCAGGUGAAGGAUAAGGCUUCUUGAUCUGUGAACUCUGUGCUCAAUUAUGCAAAUAUCUACACAAGGGGCAGGCAAUAGUAGUAGCAGAAUCAUAGAUCAUUUGCUAUUGUAGAUCCCAUUGUGGGACAUAAUGCAAUUUUAAGAGUAAAGUAAAACUUCCCACCAAUUUGGCUUCAGUUUCUAUGGCUUAAUUAACUGAACUGGAAUACCUUGGCUUAGUACAGGGCAUUUUGCAAUAAUUUCUUAAAUGUAAAAUAGUACAUGGAGAAGUGUACAACUCAGAUACUACAGUUUACGUAGAUUAUGAGUUCUUCUCUUGAUUACUUUGGUGUUCUUCAUCCUUGAGAAGAGACACUGAACCAUGGAUACUAAUUGCAUUUUACACCCCAUGUUUGGCUUUCCAAAGCCUUUACUUACAAAUUAAAAGUAAGUUACAAAUGCAACAUAGAUUUGGCAGAGAUCCUUUUCAUGGUAGUUCCACCUUCUUUUAAAGAACCAAUAAAUCAGACUAACCAAAUAAGCACUUCCUGAAAAGGCUUUUUACUACUUGCCAUGCUGUAUAAUAGAAUCUUACCAUAGACUUAAAAUACUAAUUAAUAGGUAGUGGUUUUUAAAUUCAUACUUGACUUGAGUGAGAGGAAGUCUGUCAAUUUUUUGGGGAUAUGAAAAGGAGACUUGAGUUACUCCUGAUAGCUCUGAAGCUUUGUCCAGCAGUCAAGGCAAUGGCAAAAUUCCCUGAUGUCAGCAAGGCCAGGAUUUGAUGCUGUUAUCUUUUUAGAAGCUGAUGAUUCAGAGUCAUGUUCUGGGUGGACCUUGUCACAGACAUCACUGAUACUUCUUGAGCUUUUUUGAGCCUUCUAACUGCUGUGCUGUAUUCGUAGCAUUCAGAGCUGAUAAACUGUUAUUCUUUUUUCAUGCCUUAAUAAUACAGUAGACCCUAUAGUUGGGUUCUGUAUGUAUUUGGUAAUUAAUAUAGAUGACAUUUCAAUGUUACUGAAAAUAAGCUCAGGAUUAUUGCAUGAAAUGUAAAAAUUUGCAUUGAAUGAUGGGGAUAUGAAACAUGAGGCAGUGAUUGCUACUGGCUCUUUGCUUGCUAAGUAUCUUCUGUAAGCAACAACAAAAUUCUUUAAGUAUUUUGCAUAUUAUUUAUCACAUGUAAUGUGUUCAAAGAGAGGACUUAAAACUCUCAGUGUUGCCAUCUGUGUAAGCCUAAAUCUAUUGUUUUUUUUCCAUUUCUUGUUAAAGUUGUUUGUCAUUAUGGAAGAAUGUUGUCCUCCUUCUAGCUCACUAUAUAUUUUGUGUAUCUGUUUUGUGCAAUUAAUACUUAACAGUAAUGAUGUAGUUUAUUUGUUGAAGGAUGUCAUUGCAAGAAAGUUAUAGCAUGGAGCUUAGGAGCACAAUCAGAUGUUAUUUAUACUCCCUUUAUACCUUAGUGUUAUGCUUCAUUUGAAGAAACAAAUAAAUAAUUUGUCUUUUGUUCAAAACCAGAA